GCGUGUGCGGAACAGUGCCGCGCGGAAGUCCACUUAUACCAAAUAUUAAAAGUGGAUAAAAUCAAAAAACAAAGAAAAAUAACCAAAUAUAUGUUUAUAAAGUAAACUUGUGCACUUUCUCGAAGAAAAAUACAAUAAACAUUUUUUUAUAAAAAGUAAAAUGAUUACUACAUAAGCGUGGCUGAUUUUUCACCUAAAAUUUUUUCUUAUAUCAAAGUUUGUAUUAUAUAUGUAUAUACAUAAGUGUAUAUGUAUGUAUGUAAUUAGCAAAAAUAGAGGCGGAAAUGAAAACUAACGAAAACUGUGGAAAGAGUGUGUAAAGUUACUAAAAGGAUUGAAAAUCUGGGUUAGACAAAUUUUCUUUGCUGAUUUAAGUGAACGAAUGUAAAUGAAAAAUUUGGAUUGCCGAUAACCGCAUAAGAUGAUAAGUAUCCUGUUCCACAUUUAAAUUAUCCUGAGUGUGUGCCAUUUUUUGCUGCGCUCCCAAUAAGGGUGUUCUACUCUCUCCUCCCACAGCACUAAACGCUCUGCAUUGCCUCUCUCCUACUCGCUGCGAAUGCAUUUAGAAAAAGAGGUAUUUUAUUAUACUGAAAUUAAAUCCUGCAAACACAACUAUGAUGUGGAGUAGGUUGUCCCGUUCACACAUCACCGCUAAGGAAAAAUGGCUGCAACAAUUUGAAAAAAAUAUAUAUGUAAUUUGAUUUGGAAAGGAAUAAAGACCGAUUUCAGUAAUUUUUUUUGCAGUUUUCAAGACAUAUCGCGAAAGUCAUACAUUGUACUGCGUCUCAUCGUACUGCAUAGCAUCACAUCGCGUGGUAUCGGACGCAACGGAAUCGUGCGGUCAUAUAUCUGUAUAUAUAUAUUAGUACGUAUGUGCAAUUGUUUGCGUGCUUUCGUAUAUCGAAAUCGAGUAAAAGGACCAAAUAUGAACGUGAAACGCUCUCGCAAACCAUCUCGUGGUCACACAAAACCGCUCUACGAGGCAUAAGAAAAAGCUUUGUGCUGCCACUAGGACGCAUUCCUUCGCUUCACACAUAGCCAAAGCAAAAUUUCACACUCCAUUCCCCGCUGACACCUAAUGGAAAAAAAUCAAUUUAGUCAAGAGUAAUCCUCUUUCAUAAAAAGUAAAAUACCGAAUUGUGAAUGUGUGGCCGAAAACUCCGAGUUUGUGCGAAAAUUCUGUGAUCUGUAGAAGUGAAAUCUGCGCUUGUGUGUUUAUAAAAGGAUUGUGUGUGAUUAUACGAAAUUUGUCCCUGGAGGACUAUUUUUCAAGUGAAAAAGUUUAGUAUACAUAUGUAUAGGCCUUAUCUCUAUUAAAUGUGAGGUGGAAAAAUGUGAAAAGCGAGAAGCACCGAAGCGAAGAAAUGGCUACAUUUACUCAAAAAGUUGGGCGAAACGUGAAAUAGUAGAUUGCGCUUCUUGCAAAGCAUUGCCAUUAUUGACCACCGAAUUACAACGAGUUUUUCAACAACAACAAAUACUAUUCCACCAUCAUCACUGAUACCAACAACAUCGGUAUUCGCCGACGACGAGGUCAUCGUCACAGUCACCGAAAUCAUCCAGCACUAGCAGCCAACACAUCAGCGUUGGCCAAGAAAGGCAUACCUCCCGUCCAGUCAGCGCCACCCACAGAUGCAAUCGGAUCCAGAGCAAUCUUCCCACGAUAAAUCUUCGCGGUGAAGCUGCCACUUGUCCUUUUCGUAGGAGCAGCCGGCUUAAUUUGAAUCAUAAAGUUCAGUCGAAAGCGAAUUGCUUUUGGGCUCUACUAGUCGAUUAGUCCUACAAGAAACUAUGCUCUUACAGCGGUACAUAUACGUAUAUUAGUACGUAGAUAUCUGUUGGGGAAGCGCGAAACUGCAUAUCGUACAUCGAAAUUCUGUACCGUGCACACUGUGUAUAUAGAACACUGCAUACUUAAUAGAUACAUAUGUAUUUUGUAGUCAUAUGCACUCAAAGCAAAAGUGUUGGAUUGUAAUCGUCAUCCAUACAUCAUAAUCGCUGGCACCAUCGUCAUUACUAGGGUCUACAUUUGCGCCGACCGUUUUUGAGCAUACAUAGAUACACCACCGUUUUUGCGUAAUCGUCAUCAUUGGGUCAUCGUAAUUGUUGUUGCCUUACCGUUUAUUCCCAGUAGUGGCUCAUUCAGCGCCGGAAAUGCGUUACAGCAUCAACGGAAAUUAAACAAAUUAUAGCUGAAGUCGGAGUAUAAGUGGAAGUGAAAAUCCAAUCUGAAUAUAUCGUCAAACGAACGCAGACUCGUCUCAAAAAAAAAAUAUAAUUAUUUUUUUUAUUUCGCAACGAAAGUUUUUUGUGGCGUUGAUGUUAUUCGCUUUUCGUUUAGAAUCGGGAUGUCGCUGCUGCAUUGAGAGAACAGAUCCAGUACAAUUCUAGACAAGCAUAUUAAAAUACAUGUGACGCAAUCGUGAACUAGUAAAGAUAACUCAAGUAAUCAACUCAUUUGCAACGGACAUGAAAUUCAAUAAAACCGUUAUUUCCUGAUUUGCCGCUUCUGCCCUUCGCUUUUAUGCUUUGGAAUUUGAAAUUCGACUUGGACACGAAAUUUUAUUGUGGCUCACAUUAGCUGCGACAAUUAAGGUAUUCUCGCUCAUCGUUAUGCCAUAUUGGAGUGGAAGAGUCGAAACGUGCCAUAGAUACGUUGUGUCACCACGCCCGCACUACCACUAGAUGCAGUGGAAGAAGAAGUUUACACGAUUGAAAGCAGCUACUGGAAAUUCGCGUGCGCGAAGAAUGCUUUGUUGUGGACGAAGAAAGGAAAAUGGAAGAUCAGUUCCUGAUGUUACCGCCAGCCCUGGUCGUGCGCCUCCGGGUCCAUUGCCGGCGAAUCAGAUGCAAUCGUUGGGCAACCAGCAACAACAACAGCCGCAACAUCAUCAACAGCAACACCAGCAGCAACAGCAACGAACUGGAGGCAAAGAGCCCGUUUUGCUGCAGGGUGAUUUUCGCAAGGUGUCGGGCAUCAGUUCGGAAAUCUUUCGACAGAUAGAAGCAGUCGAAAAUGAUCAUGAUCCGAAUACAGCGGCAGCUUUGGAGGUGAGCAUCUAAAAAAAUUUAAGACUC